UCGCGCGCAUCCCUACUGGCGUGUGGCCAUUACGUCCUGCGUUAGAUGAUGUGUGUAUACCUACUGGCGUAUGGCCAUUAUGUCCUGCGUCAGAUGCUUGGGGACAAGCCUCCAGGGAAUUAUAUUGGUUAACAACUUAUACUUCUUUUUCCUUUCUUUUCAAGAUGUUCGAGUUUAUUGUAACAGAAUAUCUUAACAAUACAAAAUACAAGUAUUGGUCAAUUAUCUCAAUCUUAAAGUACACAAAAUCAAAAUGUCAAUUAUAUACCGAUUCAAUUGACAAUCUUAAAGAGGAUAUAUACACAGCUUUACGUAAAUAUAAAGAAAACCCAGACAAUCACAUGAACGUAACCAACAAACUGGAUAAGAUUCUAUCUAAUUUUGAGAAAUUAUUUUCUACGGCCGAAGUAAAAGAAUUUGUCGACAAAAUUCGAGAGGAACAAGAAGAACGUGGAUUUGAAACAGCUCUUCAAAUAAAUGUGGCAUCUGCCUGUGCAAUUAAAGCCUUAAAGGGCUAUCGCAUGAAUCAAACAGUUGUUAAUGAAUUAAAAAAUAACAAAUGCGAGGAAGGACCUUCAAAAACGAAAUCCAUGAAAAGAAAAAAUAAUCUAAACGAGGAAGAUGCGAGCUCAGAGAUAGAGAAUAGUUCAGAAUAUGAUGAAAGACCAAAUAAAAUUAAAAAACAGGCUACAAAUGACAUUGAAGAAGUCAUUAGUAGUAGCGGUGCAAGUGAUAAAUUAAAUGAAGAAUCCUUUGAUAUAAAUAUUAAUUUGCAAUGCGUCAUAAUGAAAGAAAAGCAAGCUGAUACAAUUCCAAAAUCAGUUCGUGAUUGGAUUAUAAAUGUAUUGUCUGAUGUAUUCAAAAGUUCUAUCAUAACUUCGCUAAUUCCUGAUCACAAAUUCCGAAAGAUCUGUGAAAUUAUUCUUUAUGACUUUUUUUCAAUGGCUAGCAAAAAUCCAUUAAACCGCUAUAUUGGAGAACGAAAGUAUACAGUAGAAAGAAUUGUACCAUUGUUCAAGGCGAUACAAUCUGUCUAUAAAGAAUUUAUGUUCGAUUGGAUUGAAGUACAACUUAAUUGCAUCAAGGAUAUGAAAACAUUGUUUCCAAAUUUUGAUAUGACGCUUAAUAAAGCAGAUGGUGUUUGUCUGAAGGUUUCAAGAGGUCCAGAAGUUACUAGCGCGGUAGUAAAACAUGCCAAAGAAGAUACCGAAAAGCUAAUCAAGGAAGCGAUGUUUGGAUUGGUCUCUCUUUUGAGAGAUUAUUUAGACAAGAAUGUAGACAAAGCAAUGAAAAUAUGCACAUACAUGGUGCAAGUCAUUGGCGAUCGAAUUACUCUAAGCGAACUUUGUCUGAAUAAGAAGCAUUCGUAUAUGGUUUCGCAAGUUAAAUCAGCAAUGUUACCAUUUUCAUUUGACGAAAUCGAAAAGUUCUUAGAGCUUGAAGAACAAAUAAAUGAGCUAAAGAAGCUAAUGCUUUCCAAUAUUAUUGAAGAAGAACCAACAAUUCGAGACUGGAUUUGGGUCCCGAAUUCAAUUACGGAAUGGGAAGUUAUAAAUAUAAAUGAUAUUUUGUUUAUUUACAAGUUAAAGCUUUAG